AUGGAUGAAGUUAUCACACGAGCAAAGGAUUCGAUUAAUAAAGUAUUAGAAGCACCACCAUGUUGGCUUUUAGAGCUUUCGGACAAUGAAAAAACUCCACUUGCUGAUGUUCCUAACCUUAUUAGUCGCUUAAUCGAACAUGAUUCGUCGAAAAAUAAGUGGAUUCGAUUGUUCCGUCGACAGUUAAAACGAUUGAUAAUUAAUAAUGAUUCAUUACCAAAAGGCUUUUGGAUUGAACUACAUGAUGAUAUUCUUUAUGUUUUAGACGAAGCAAAUGAUGAGCAAAGUAAUGCAAAAACUACUCUUGUUCGAUGGAAUACACUUGUUUUUGCUGAAGCAGCUAGUCGUGGCGAGGAAAAACCAACGUCAAACAAAACAUUAAUAGAUUAUAUUGGUGAACACACAUGGUUUUCAGAACGUUAUUGUGACGACGAAGAUAAAAAUAUAUUAAAAGAGUUGAUAUAUCAUGGUCAUGCUUUGAUUCUUCUUGAUGGACUUGAUGAAAUUUCAGAAAUCGGACAAAGAUGUGAAAUUGUUGAUCUUGUAGAAAAGUUUAUUGAUGACUAUGUACGAACACCGGACUUCAUUUCGGUAUUCGACAAUAUAAUGUUAGUUUCCUAUGAAAAUAUGAUUGAAAUGCAACCAUCCAGCAAAUCUGGUGGCAAUCAGAUAGUUGUCACCGGUCGCAUUAUUGGAUACCAGUUUCAUCCACUUGAUCAAUUGUUCAUCCGGCAUUAUUCAUUGUUAUUGAUGAAUCAUAAAGAAGCAAAUGAAUUUGUGAAAAAGUGGAUGACACAAGUUGACAUAGGCAUACGGAAUGUUUUGCUUAAUGACGGAAUUAAGCUUGAUGAAGAAACAGUAAAAACUUCAUUGAAGAAAGUAUUCAGCGUUGGAGAAGCAAUAUUUGAAAAUAGUUCAGAAUUAUUAGUGUCAAAUCCUUCUUUGUUAUCUCUAAUCUGCACGUUUAUCUUCCAAUCAUCGCUUGAAUUCCAUCUAAAAUCUCGAGUCCAAAUGUACAAUUAUGCUGUUCAAGCAGCAUUACACGCCUGGAAAAGUCAGGAAUCAAAUGUCUUGGAAAGUGAUCUAAUUAAUUUUCUAAUUGAUCUUGCCAUGUAUCUUCAUUUAAAAUCACCAUCUGGUCUCAUAGAUGCAUUUGAUAUCGAACAUUUAUGUUGUGUGACCUUGAAGAAACAAAAAGUCUCAAAGAAUCGUAUAAAACAACGUGAAUACGCAAACAAACUAAUAUCUUUCUUAGAAUCUAAUCUGAGAGAGGUUUACAAACAUUUGGUUUUCUACAUUUAUCAUUUCAAGAAUAUUUUUUUGCACAAUCACUUGUCAGAGGUUCUUCUAUUGAAGAUGUUGCAAAAUGCAUUCUUUCUUUUACAACUCAUCCUCGUUUUCGUGAAUCACUUCUUUUGAUCUUUGGUUGGAUUAGUUGGCAAUGGUCAUUUGAUAAGUAUGAUCAAUUUUGUAGUUUACUUUUUACUCAAACUGAAAAUUAUAUUAUUCCAUUUGGAACACUUCUAUUCUUUGAUGCUAUUAAUGAUAUGCAUAGAUUGCCUUCGAAUUCGCUGAUUUUCAUUGCACUCAACAAUUUACUAAAUGAAUCAUCUAAUAUUAUUAGAGGCGUAUAUUUGAUAUCAAAUUUGUCUAAAUUGCCGGAAAAUAUUAUAAUCGAGUGGAUGGAGUCGUAUUUGAAAGACGAUAAAUGUCUUCUCAACUUCUGUCAAUCUUUCCCGACGAAUCGUAAAAAACGCUAUGAAUCAACUAAGGAUGAUAGAAAAAUAAUAUAUUCUAUUAUUUAUCAACAACUUUGGUCGUUUUGCAAUAGAAGUUCAUCGAUCGAGUUCCUUAUUGAUCAAACUUUUCAGAAAAUACUGAUAUUAAAUGAGAUAUCGGAUCAGAUUUUUAACAAAAAUUUAUCCUUGUACCUUCAAUCGCACAACAUCUGUGUAUUCAACAUUCAUCCUUUGAUACUUUCUACCAUUAUUGCGUUGUGUGGUGGGAUAUUUCUUAAAUGUAAGAAAGACAAGAUGAUUACGUUUGAUUUUUCUCCAAAAAAGAUGCAUUGUGAAUCUUCUAUCUUUGCUCCGAUAAUAGAAUAUUUCGAUAAUAAUCAAAAUUCUCAUCUAACUAAAGUUGGCACACUUAUUAAUCGAUAUGAGAGUAUUCUUCAACAGACUUCACCUACAGAUGCAUCUAUUGAUAUUAUCGAUACUUGUAUUGCUUUCAUCUGUUUGCAAGGCCUUUCACAGCCAUUGAUUUAUCAAAAGUACGAUGGAUAUCAAGCAUUACCAUUGGCGCUUGGAAGAUUCAAACGAAUAUGGUUCUAUUUCAAGAAAUCAUUAAGAAAUGAUUCCCCUACCAAUGCGACAUAUCUUUUAUCAGAUCUGAAAUUGAAUCAAUCAUUAGGGAGUUCUGUUCGCAGCCUAAUCAAUCCAAAAAAGAACACUUAUUAUUUUCGUUAGCAGGCGCAGCUGCAUGGAAGAAACUUGGCAUGUGGGACAUAGUAGCAGACAAGGAAUAAAUCAGAGCAAAUCACUCGAGAUAUUCAUUCAUCGCAAAUAUCACAAAAAGAACCAGUAUUCAUGUUGAGUUUUUUACCACAAUCUCUUCAAGAAUUGUACUACUGCACGACCAUCUCUCCAACUAAUAAAACAGAUUCAUUACCAUUAGUAGUACUU